AUGAUAAGGUUCGUUGGACGAUAUCGUUUAUUGCGAUAUCGACAGUUUAUAAGCACUAGAAGUUUUCACCUUUCGCUCAACUGUUUCCUGGGGAAAAAAAACGAAAGGUCAUACUUAGACAGCACAAGUCAACAGCUGGGCUCUGUUAAAGAUGUUAUUUCUUCCUACGUAAUCGACUUUUUUAAAAAUGAAACAAGAAGCUUAACUGAUGCAUUAAAGAAAGAUGAUGCUUCUAUGGUCAAGUAUGAAAAUGAUAUUAUUGAUGAUCCAUUUUUCCGUGGAGUAUACUCUACAUUAGAUUUGCUGAUUAAGAAAGAAUUGCAAAGUACGGUGGACAAAUACAAUAGAUUUUCUCUUUUGCUUACCUAUGAUCCAAUCAGAAUUAAUCCACAUGUGUACAUUUGCCUAUAUAAAGACUUAAAAGUGGACUUGGAUUCAGGGACAAAGAUGUUAUUUCUCCGAAGAUUAAUCUUUCAUAACCGCUUUAGCGAAUGCUGGGAUGUCAUCUUAGCAAACAAUUCAACACUCCAAGAUAUUGAAGAAAGUAUAGAUGUAAUGGAAAACGAGCUAGAAGAAAAUCACAGCAUUAAAAUCGGCAUUUACUACUUGUUAUUAGCAUCUCAAAAGGCGAUUCCAAAUAUAACUUUGGCACGUACGGUAGCAGAUACAAUCUGUUUCAAGUUCGAUAUAUCAAAAAGUGACCUUCAGCAAUUGAUUACAAAUGAAAAAGCUUUAGCUUCAAUCACUACAUUUGAAGAUCUUGUUUUAUAUCGUGAAGAGAAUCUUCAUCUCAUAGAAAAUUCUAUUGUCAUGAGACUGUUUUAUUUGAGAAGAAUUAUAAGAAUCUUGCUCAGCGUUGAUGUUAAGGAUGCUGCUCUUUACAGCCAGAUACUAAAUGAAUUUAAGCAAUUUGCAUUCACUUGCCCAGAGUGUUUUAAAACUGGUGGCUGGAUAACAUCAAUUUUACCUGCUUCAACAUAUUUGGACUUAAAAAAUGAACUCUUAAUGGCACAUGAGUCACUGAUAUUCGAUGAUUUGAGUAAUUUCAUUUUACAUUCUUUGAGACGAAGAAACAGAGCCGCUUUGAGUGUUUAUGAUAUUUUAUUACUUAGUCAAUCAUCUAGAGCCUCUUUUGCUUGUGUGACUUACAAGCUAUAUCGAGACAACUUUCAAUCACAAAAGUCUUUAAAUCGAACAAUAAUUAAUUGGUUGAUGGACAAAAUAAUAAAGAAUUCUGAUACACAAGAGGUUUUCAAAAUUGCUUAUGAAAAUACUGCAUUAAUUGAUGAAACAAAAAUGGUUGACAGUAUUAUAAUGCUUUUUGAGGGCAAUGAAAUGAACUUUAAGAAACUUGUCAAAAGAAUUUCUUCAGACAAAGAAAAAGCUAACAAAGUUUUCAUUGGCUUCAUGGAAAAAACGUUAGGGAAAGGUACGACAUAUGAUCAGGUUGUCACUUUGACAGACGCGUUUUAUAGAAGUAAACUAUCUUCAGAAUUGAUCAUCAAGUUGCUUCAUCUGCUUUCGAACACCAAUAUUGAUAAGCAAAAGCUAAAUAAAUACUUUCUUUGGUUAUUAAAGGAUUUAAAGCUUUCAAGUUACGUGUUACUCGAGGUGAUGCGAUGUUGUGUUUUAAGGUUGAAGUUAUUUGACGAAACCUUAUUAUCCGAAUUAUUUGGGGCCAUUUUGGAAAGAUCUAUUGAUAAGCGUAUCGUAAAUGACUCUCAAACAGUGGAUGAUUUUCAGUCUCUUUACUCUGCUGCAACUGUCAAAGAAAAAGCGAGGUUUCACAAUAGAAUAAGAGCUCUUGCUCAGUGUCUUUCAUUGUUGGAAGUCGGCGAACUUGGUAGAAUAUUAAACUUAUUUCAUGAACAUACCUUUAGUAGCGAGUUUCAAUUCAUUUGGUCUCAAAGUGGCAAAAAUUAUAUCUUUAAUAGUCUAAUAAUUGAUACCAUGAGGUUCAUUAGUAGGUCUUUUAAGGAUUCAGGAGAGGGAAUCCUAAAAAUGAGAAAUUUGCUCGCAACAAUUAACUUUGAUUCAAGUUUAGUAAAGUGUUGCUUGUUUAGGUAUAUGGUGAUCAGUGAGCCUUCAAUGUGCUUCAAAUUACUUCAGUUUCAUCAUGAUCGGGAUGAAUAUCUCACGAAAGAUGCCAUUAGAUACAUCAUAUCUGGAAUACUAAACACUAAGUUAGAAGAUAAGAAAAAGUUGGAACUAUUUCAGUCGUUCCAUUUGAAGCUAGACAGCUUUAAUUAUGGUUAUUCCAUAAGCCGUUUCACUGCAGUUGAACUCAUCAACGUUCUUAUUGGUGCAACUGAGAAAGAUCCUAAUAAAUCGUUGGAAUCUAUCAAGUGGGUAUUGGGUUAUGCCAAAAAGAAAAAGCUUCCAAAGGGUGUAUUCUUGAGAUGGGCCAAAAAAUUUAACUAG